AUGCCGUGGUCUUUCGCUCUUCCGCAGGCUGUUUUCGCCUCACCGCUGCUUGCGGUCGGGACUCCUAUCGUGGGAGGAACUGCCGUCGCGCUCCUCACCAACCGGAACUCGACUCGGGACACCUAUCGCCAACUGCGGCAACCCCCUUUUAGCCCACCCGGUUGGCUCUUCGGGCCGGCAUGGACCGUCCUGUACGGACUGAUGGGAUAUGCUUCUCAUCACGCAACGACGGUCGCGCACGAGUCCCUCUCGUUGGCUGUGCGCGAUGCUAACGCGACCGCCCAGACCCUGUACACCACCCAGCUGGCGCUAAAUUUCAUGUGGAUGCCAUUGUUCUUCGGGGUGGGGAGGCCAGCCGCGGCCCUUGGUGAUAUGGCAUUAUUAAUCGGGAACGUGAGCCUGUUGCUGGCCAACUGGUGGUCGGCGGAUCGUACGGCCUUCUGGCUGAUGACUCCCUAUUAUGCGUGGUUGGGAUAUGCCUGCUAUCUCAAUGCCGGCACCGGGUAUCUGAAUGGCUGGACUCUCUCAGGAAAGAAGCGCUCGGAGUAG